GGAGAGGGACAGAGGCACAGAGGACUUCUCACACGGACAGAGAGCAAGCAGGCAUGAAGCUCGCCCUCAUCCCUCACCUGCUCUCGCCCAUCAUGUUCCUGACAGGUCUGUGCUCCCCCUUUAAUCUGGAUGUGCAUCGCCCACGCCUAUUCCCAGGGCCACCCGAGGCUGAAUUUGGAUAUAGUGUCUUACAACAUGUCGGGGGUGGACGUCGAUGGAUGCUGGUGGGUGCCCCCUGGGAUGGGCCUUCAGGUGACAGAAGAGGGGACGUUUAUCGCUGCCCUGUAGGGGGUUCCCACAGUGCUCCGUGUGCCAAAGGCCACUUGGGUGACUAUCCACUGGGAAAUUCAUCUCAUCCUGCUGUGAAUAUGCACCUGGGAAUGUCUCUACUAGAGACAGAUAAUGAUGGGGGAUUCAUGGCUUGUGCCCCUCUCUGGUCUCGUGCUUGUGGCUCAUCUGUCUUCAGUUCUGGGAUAUGUGCCCAUGUAGAUGCUUCAUUCCGGCCCCAGGGAAGCCUGGCACCCACUGCACAACGCUGUUCCACCUACAUGGAUGUUGUCAUCGUCUUGGAUGGCUCCAAUAGCAUCUACCCUUGGUCUGAAGUUCAGACUUUCCUACGAAGACUGGUAGGGAGACUGUUCAUUGACCCAGAGCAGAUACAGGUGGGACUGGUACAGUAUGGGGAGAGCCCUGUGCAUGAGUGGUCCCUGGGAGAUUUCCGAACAAAGGAAGAAGUGGUGAGGGCUGCGAGGAACCUGAGUCGGCGAGAGGGACGAGAAACAAAGACUGCCCAAGCAAUCCUGGUGGCCUGCACAGAAGGAUUCAGUCCGUCCCAUGGGGGCCGACCAGAGGCUGCCAGGCUGCUGGUGGUUGUCACUGACGGAGAAUCGCACGAUGGAGAGGAGCUUCCAGCAGCACUCAAGGCCUGUGAGGCUGGAAGAGUGACCCGCUAUGGAAUCGCGGUCCUUGGCCACUACCUCCGGAGGCAGCGAGACCCCACCUCUUUCCUGCGGGAAAUCAGGACGAUUGCCAGUGAUCCAGAUGAGAGAUUCUUCUUCAAUGUCACAGAUGAAGCUGCGCUGACUGACAUUGUGGAUGCCCUAGGAGACCGGAUCUUUGGCCUUGAGGGGUCCCAUGGAGAAAAUGAAAGCUCUUUUGGGCUGGAAAUGUCUCAGAUUGGUUUCUCUACUCAUCGACUAAAGGAUGGGAUUCUCUUUGGAAUGGUGGGGGCCUAUGACUGGGGGGGCUCCGUGUUAUGGCUUGAAGAAGGUCACCACCUUUUCCCCCCACGGACAGCCUUGGAAGACGAGUUCCCCCCUGCUUUGCAGAACCACGCAGCCUACUUGGGUUACUCUGUUUCCUCCAUGCUUUUGCGGGGUGGACGCCGCCUCUUUCUCUCAGGGGCUCCUCGGUUUAGACAUAGAGGAAAGGUCAUCGCCUUCCAGCUUAAGAAAGAUGGGGCUGUGAGGGUUGCCCAGAGCCUCCAGGGGGAGCAGGUAGGGUGUGCAAGGGAGGGUGGGACCUUGGAUCCUGAGGGACCUCCAGGCUGUGGGGGAGGAAAGGGAAGAGCCAAGAGAGGAGCCUGGAAAGUCUUUGCUGAAUUCUGGCUGGCGGAGUCCGUCAGGGGUGUGAGGACCAGACCGGCAGGCUGGUGGGUACUUCGCACUUGUCCACGAUCACCUUGUCUUUUCUUUGGGGUCCCACUCCCCACCACUCCCCAGAUUGGCUCCUACUUUGGCAGUGAGCUCUGCCCAUUGGAUACGGAUGGGGACGGAAUAACGGAUGUCUUACUUGUGGCCGCCCCCAUGUUCCUGGGGCCCCAGAACAAGGAGACAGGGCGGGUUUAUGUGUAUCUGGUGGGCCAGCAGUCCUUGCUGACACUCCAGGGAACACUUCAGCCGGAACCCCCCCAGGAUGCUCGGUUUGGCUUUGCCAUGGGUGCCCUUCCUGAUCUGAACCAAGAUGGUUUUGCUGAUGUGGCCGUGGGGGCACCCCUGGAGGAUGGGCACCACGGAGCGCUGUACCUGUAUCAUGGCACCCGGAGCGGGCUCAGGCCCUGGCCCGCCCAGAGAAUUGCUGCCAUCUCCAUGCCACAGGCCCUCAGCUACUUUGGCCGGAGUGUGGAUGGCCGGCUGGAUCUGGAUGGAGAUGACCUGGUAGAUGUGGCUGUGGGUGCCCAGGGGGCAGCCGUCCUGCUCAGCUCCCGGCCCAUUGUCCACCUGGCCCCCUCACUGGAGGUGACCCCGCCAGCCAUCAGUGUGGUUCAGAGGGACUGCAGCCGGCGAGGCCAGGAGGCAGCCUGCCUAUCUGCCACCCUUUGCUUCCAAGUGACCUCGCGCACCCCUGGCCGCUGGGAUCGCCGAUUCUAUUUGCGGUUUACAGCAUCCUUGGAUGAGUGGACGGCGGGGGCACGUGCUGCAUUUGAUGGCUCUGGCCAGAGGCUGUCCCCUCGGAGGCUCCGGCUCAGCGCCGGGAACGUCACUUGCGAGGCACUACGCUUCCAUGUGCUGGAUACCUCAGAUUACCUCCGGCCCCUGGCCUUGACUGUGACCUUUGCAUUGGACAACACCACGAAGCCAGGGCCUGUGCUGGAUGAGGGCUCACCCACCUCCAUACAAAAGCUGGUCCCCUUCUCGAAGGAUUGUGGCCCUGACAAUGAAUGUGUCACAGACCUGGUGCUUCGAGCUAAUAUGGACAUCAAAGGCUCCAGGAAGGACCCGUUCGUGGUUCGAGGAGGUCGGCAGAAAGUGUUGGUGUCAGCAACUCUGGAGAACAGGAAGGAAAAUGCCUACAACACUAGCCUGAGUCUCAGCUUCUCUAGAAACCUCCACCUGGCCAGUUUCACGGCUCAGAGGGACAGCCCAGUGAAGGUGGAAUGCACCGCCCCUUCCCCUCAUGGCCGGCUCUGCAGUGUGGGGCACCCUGUCUUUCGGACCGGAGCCCAGGUGACCUUCCUGCUGGAGUUUGAGUUUAGCUGCUCUUCCCUCCUGAGCCAGGUCCUUGUGAGGCUCACUGCCACCAGCAAUAGCCUGGAGAGAAAUGGGACCCUUCAAGAUAACACAGCCCAGACCUCAGCCUACAUUCAAUAUGAGCCCCACCUCCUAUUCUCCAGUGAGUCCACUCUGCACCGCUAUGAGGUCCACCCAUACGGGACCCUCCCAGUGGGUCCCGAAUUCAAAACCACUCUUAGGGUUCAGAACCUUGGCUGCUAUGUGGUCAAUGGCCUCAUCAUCUCGGCCCUCCUUCCAGCUGUAGCCCAUGGGGGCAAUUACUUCCUGUCAUUGUCUCAAGUUAUCACUGACAAUGCAAGCUGCGCAGUAGAGAACCUGACCAAGCCCCCAAGGCGCCCUGUGCACCCAGAGGAGUUUCAGCACACAAACAGACUGAACGGGAGUAACACUCGGUGUCAGGUUGUGAGGUGUCAUCUUGGGCGACUGGCAAAGGGGACCGAGGUCUCUGUCGGACUACUGAGGCUGCUUCACAAUGAAUUUUUCCGGAGGGCCAAAUUCAAGUCUCUGACAGUGGUCAGCACCUUUGAGCUGGGAGCUAAGGAGGGCAGUGUCCUACAGCUGACAGAAGCCUCUCGUUGGAGUGAGAGCCUGCUGGAGGUGAUUCAGACCCGCCCGGUCCUCAUCUCCCUGUGGAUUCUCACCGGCAGCGUCCUGGGAGGGCUGCUCCUACUCGCUCUCCUUGUCUUCUGUCUUUGGAAGCUUGACUUCUUUGCCCGAAAGAAAAUCCCCGAGGAAGAAAAAAGAGAAGAGAAAUAGGAGCAAUGAAUGUAGAAUUAAGCCCUAGAAAGUCCUCUUGGCAGCUUCUCCAAAAGACUUGCGUAAGAGUCGUGGUCUGAGGGCUCAGAUGGACAAGCAGAGCCUCUGGACUGUCUCCCCAGACCGGCAGCCUGACUUGACUUUUGCGUCAUGAGCAUGCUGCUGGCAAGAGAUGAGGCCUUACCUCAGACGAGAAGGGCUGGCGCCCAAACCGGAAACACUCUCCCCCUGUGCUUCCCUCCUCAUGAUCCUGCUGCCACAGCCAACACUGGCGCCUUGGUUGGGGGCCCCCUUUUUCCUUAUCCCCAGGAAUCAAGAAUUUUUUGCCUAGGUUCCCUGACUCCUUUUAGAUUCCCCCCGACAUCCUCCCUCAAAUUUGGAAAGGAUGAAGGCGAGCUUCCUCCAUUCCCUGCCUCUCACCUUCCUGCCUGCUCCCCACUCCACAGAAGGGAGCUGAUGUUGGCUUCGAAAAGUAAAGUCAACAUCUGCUUCUUUCCUGUGGAGUCCGGUGAUUCAGAGAGCCGGCUGGGGAGAGUCAACAGGAAACAAGGAGGGAGGAAGAAAAGCCACAAGAGACAUUCUGUACAAUUCCAAGGAACAGAGAAGCCUUUAGACGGGCAACUGCCAUCCCCCUGAAACCUGAGACUUCGUGGUGCGCUAGCCCGCCCUCAGGUGCCUGGGAAACCGAGCUGCCCCAGGCCUAGCGCCUUCCCUGGGAGCGAAGCCAGGGCCGGGUGCCUGAUGCUCCGGAGCCAGGGGCCCCCAGGUGGCUAGAGCUGGGAUAGCAGAGAAGGGUGCCAGUGUUUCGGUCUUGGCCAGUGGAGAGAGUUGGGUACCCUGGGCGGUGUUUUCUCCUCUCUCGGGCCUCACACACUCAUGAGCCCUCCUUGGGGCUAUUGUAGAAACUAGAGAGAAGGGAGAUGAUUUCUUCUUGACGGUGGGAAACCCCUUCACCGGCUUUGGGAAGCAGCAGCUCCGUAGGGUCUAAACUAGUUAGGUCUGCCUUGACGAAGAAGCCAAAGUGGGUGGCAGGAGGUCCCUGGGGAGCAAGCCCUUACUUGCUUAGCAUUGGUUGUGUGGCACAAAAAGCUCCUGGCAAAAUGUUUCUGGGGCAACUGCAGUUAUUCCUGGUAGGGUGGAAUCAGUUUGCCAGCCCUUGCCUGAUAUUUACUGGAAAGUUCCAAUUUCUAUCUCUGGGUCACCUCACCACCUCUCCUCCCAUUUUGUGGUCCUCGCCAGUAGGAGAACGAAUUACCUUCUCACCAAUGACCAGGUAACUUAUAUUUCUUUGUAAUCAAGCCUUUGGAUACCAAAGUCCGUUAUUGGUCUCCAAGGUGUGGCUCUGACGGCCAUUUGAAGAAUCCGCACCUCUUUCGUGCUGAGAAGAGAGGAGACCUGACCGGGCAGUUGACCAGCAGCCACAGAACUUGUUCUUGAGGCCUGACCACAAUGUUUAUCUUGACUUGUCUCUGGUCUUUUGCACAGAACAUUGUCUCUGUUUCCUAGCAGGGUGGACAGGAUAUCAGAUGGUCAGCACAAAUAAAGUUCAGUGUCAAAUGACUUCUGGCUCUCUUUGAGUUCCCUAGGAUAUGGACCACUCAGGAAUGGUGAGCGGGAGAUUCUUGGACCACCUGAGACCUCUACAGUUGAGUUCCUGGAAGGCAAAGUUAUAAGAUAUUCGAAAUGUUUUCCGUGACUCUCCCACUGGAGACGUCUUCUAGCUUCCUGCAAUCCUCACCUACUUAAGUGACUACAGAGUAUAAACCGUGUAGGUUUGGAAAGCGCAUUAAGCCUAGAUUGAAACCCCAGGUCUGCCAUGUAUUAGCUGUGUGGCCUUGGGCAAGUCAUAACUACCCUGAGCCUGAGAUAACAGUAAGAGGCUGUGUGGUACAGUGGUUAAGAAUGAAGACAGACUUGGGUUUAAAUCUCAGCUAUACCACUUUUGACCUUGCGCAGAUUUAAUUUCUUUAAGUCUUGGCUUUCUUGUCUUUAAACUUACUAGGGUUGUGAGGACCAAUGAGAUAAUUCAAGUAAAGUGAUACUCAAUAAAGGUUAACUAUUGUUAUAAAAAUAUUUUGUCAUAAAAUAAUCGAUCUUCGUGGAGCACUGGGUGUUAUGCGCAAACAAUGAAUCAUGGAACACUGCAUCAAAAACUAAUG